AUGCCACAAUGUUUCUUCUCUCUGUUCUGUCCUUAUCAAAUUCAACCAGUGGAGGCUUGCUGUGAGCUUUGUGGGUUGUUCUUUGAGAAUCGGAAGGCUUUAGCCAGCCAUGCAAGAGCCCACCUUCGACAAUUUGGUGUAACCGAAUGGUGUGUCAAUGGUUCCCCAAUUGAAACGCUCCGAGAAUGGAUGAAGCAGAGACCCCAGAAGGCUGGUGCCUAUCUCAAUUACAUCCAGGGGCGUCCUUUCUCUAAAAAGUUCAAACGUGCUUUGCAAAGUCCAAAACCAGGACCAGAGAAGGAAAGCCCAGCUACAGCCCCUGGGAAGGUGGUCGAGAAAGAACACAGUGCUGCAAUACAAAGCGUAAUCCCUGAAAAACCAGCUGAGCCACAUGUGCAAAAAGUUGAGCGUCGUCACCCUAAAACACCUGAGGUUCCACCCUCUCGGGAAGAUACUGUCUCUGAACCACUCGCCAAAAAUGAGGAGCCACGACCACCUGCAAGAGCACGUCCUGUGCCUUCUCUGGUACCAAGACCUCCACAGACAUCAUUGGUGAAAUUUGUUGGAAACAUUUACACUUUGAAAUGCAGGUUCUGUGACAUUCAAUUCCAAGGUCCACUUUCCAUCCAGGAGCAGUGGGUUCGUCACCUGCAGCAUCAUAUAUUGCAAAUGAACUUUUCAAAGUUUCCUAGCCCUCCCCAUGCUGUAUCAUCCCAGGAGCAGGCAGAGACUGUCACGUCCCAAUAA